CAAUGCAGUUUGUGAUUAGAACGACGUGAGGCGUCGGUGUAAACGCACGCCAGCGAAGCAGUUUGCAUGGAGCGGAACGUGGGAAAUACAUGAUACUUGUUAUUUAGAUGUUGGCAAAUGGCAGACUGUACACAAAGCAGCUUCGUUUUACAAAUUUCUUCGCUCUUCUCUCUUGUUACAAACCCCUUCUUGGCUCAACUCCAUUUCAUUCAGAUCAUCAAGAGUUGGAAUUCCAGAGACUCGAAAUUUUCAGAAGUUAGGUUUACGAAGAGUUCACGUUACAAUCAAGAUGUCUGGAGCGCAAGGUGCGAAUCCCCCAGGGAGUUUCACCGACACAACUUACAGCAGCGGGCCAGUCGCAGAAACACAUGCCACACAGCACAAGAACGAUUCCACUGACGACGACAAGGGCAUCCCCAAUCAGUUUGCUGUAGACAGUGCUCCCAAGCCCAAUGCGGCCGCUGGUCUCGGCGGUCCCGUCUUCGGUGGGAACGAGGGUGCUGACAAGGGUGUGACUGGCACCGGCACUGGCGAGUAAAUACCGAUGGGCUUGUUUGCGAGGGGUGGUGUACAUAUCUGGUAACAAAUCGGAAUCUAGGUGCAACAUAGUUGUCAGUGCUCGGCAUGGCGAGUUCGGUGUGCUUUUUAUGCUGCGGCGUAGAGCAGCUCCUGUGUGUAUAUUGUAGUUAAAAUCCUGCUCUUGAAGUUCAGCAGGAGGAAAAUAUGUACACUUCUUAAGUUUUCACUGAAAGUUAAAAACCUUUCUGACCACCCAUUUCUGCUUGGAGCAUAGUUCUAUGCCACAAAGGACAUGCUGGACAUGUAAGAGUGACCAGGAAAGGGAGAUAAUUUUCCA